AAAUAGCGACACCGCUGUCUGUCUCAUCUCGCUUCCCAGUCAGCCGCAGCUUGAAGAUACAACGGAUCCACAAACGCGCUCAAUUCUGCACGGAUUUAGCGUUACAAUAUCUCCCCUUCUGCAACCACAACAUAUACAUCUUAUAGAUAGCGGUGUUGUUCAACGGAGAGAGCCGUAAACAAGCAAAGGCUGGCCGGUGAGAGACGAAAAGGAGGCGUCUGCGCACAUCGAUUGCCGUUAGCGGACUGGGCUAGCAGCAUCUCUCGACGCAUCACGCCCGCUAGACAUCGGGCUUAUAAAACGCUUGCUUUAUUCAUUCACAUCUGCACCAUAAACACUGAUCGACACAGGUGAAUAUCGGCGGGUUUGGCGGGGGUGUCCGGCUCUUGCUUGCUCUGCAGGCCAGGGUGUGAGUGCGGAGAAUGCUGAAGGAUGAAUCAGAGAGACACCCUGGUUCAUCUCUUUGCUGGAGGCUGUGGGGGCACUGUGGGUGCGAUACUGACCUGUCCAUUGGAGGUGGUAAAGACAAGGUUGCAGUCUUCCUCCGUGACUCUGUACAUCUCUGAAGUUCAGCUGAGCACUGUGAAUGGGGCCAGCGUGGCUCGUAUGGCCCCACCGGGGCCUCUGCACUGUCUCAAGUUAAUACUGGAGAAAGAAGGUCCUCGCUCACUCUUUAGGGGGCUGGGCCCCAACUUGGUGGGAGUGGCUCCAUCCAGAGCAAUAUAUUUUGCUGCCUACUCCGCAGCCAAAGAGAAGCUGAAUAAUGUGUUUGAUCCUGAUUCCACACAGGUGCACAUGCUAUCCGCUGGUUUAGCAGGGUUCACUGCCAUUACAGCGACUAACCCGAUCUGGCUUAUAAAGACACGCCUGCAGCUUGAUGCCAGGAACCGUGGAGAAAGAAGCAUGAGCGCAUUUGAGUGUUUCCGACGGGUCUAUCAGUCAGAUGGGUUACGGGGAUUCUACAGGGGCAUGUCUGCUUCCUAUGCUGGCAUUUCAGAGACUGUCAUCCAUUUUGUCAUCUAUGAAAGCAUUAAACGCAAACUUCUUGAGUCCAAGGCCAAUGCUAACAUGGAUGAUGAAGAUGAAUCUGUAAAAGACGCUUCAGACUUUGUGGGAAUGAUGCUGGCCGCUGCUACAUCCAAGACAUGUGCCACAUCGAUCGCCUAUCCUCAUGAGGUUAUUCGCACCAGACUACGCGAGGAGGGCAGCAAGUAUCGUUCGUUCUUCCAAACUCUAAACAUGGUGGUCCGCGAGGAGGGUUACAAAGCGCUCUACCGAGGCCUCACCACUCAUCUGGUCCGACAGAUCCCCAACACUGCUAUUAUGAUGUGCACCUAUGAGCUGGUAGUUUACCUGCUCAAUGGUUGACUUCUGGAGAGAGACAAGGAAGGGGAGGGAAAGAUGGACAGAGAGAGAGAGAGAGAGAGAGAGAGAGAGAGAGAGAGAGAGAUAGAGAAAGAAAUGAACAGGGCGGGAAAGAGAAAGUUAGAUCAAGACAGGAAAAGAGAGAAGAUUGUCCCAGGCUUAGACCAAAGGAAGUAGAACACAUCUAUAAACACAUUGCUAUCCCAGACCCCUAGAGGGGGCCGUAGUCUCGUAAAGAAAGUCAACAGAAUGGGUUUCAAGCCGGUCAGACUGGAAAGCAUUUCACAAAGUAAGACUGAGGGAAGACAGACACACUUAAGCAAUCUGUUUGUUUGUUUGUUUGUUUCUCUAGAAAUGUUAUGAAGGUCUGUUCUGAAAGGACAAUCAAAGAGGGGAAUGCUUGAAAAUAAAAGAAUCCACCAAGUCUGCCGAAUUCCUUGAGUCUUGGAUUGCAGUUCUUCCACGUUUCACAGUCAUUUCAUUUAAAAAAUAAUUUUAAAGUGAGUCACCGCUUUAUAAAACGGAUUUCCCCUUCUUUAUAAAAAAGGUCCGAUAUGACCCAAGGAAGAAAAAGACACAAUACAUGUGUUCCUCGAAAGUUUGCUGUAUUUCACACAUUGUUAGUUCAAGCAUUCUCCUCUAGAGUUCACUUUCCACUCUUUCCAAACUAUCCAGGCAGAUGGUUGUCCGCGCACAAACGUUCAUUUGCUGUCAUUCAAUCGUGGUCACGGGAUCCGUGGCCCCUCAUGUGCUUCAAACUGAAGUGUUUCUUGUUAGGUUCAUCUUAAGUUUAACCUUACUUAUUUUGUGUGUGUGUGUGUUUUAAUUUGAUUGUCAUAUUGUUGUCCUAAUAUCAGUAUAUAGUUUUAAUUGGGAGAUAUUGUCCUGCUUGUGUCACUGUACCUCUUAACUGAGAUGGAGCAUUCUCAAAUGAUCACUGCUGGGUGUUAGAUAUGAAUUUCAACAAUGGGCUUUGUCUUGAGUUCUGUUCCAUUACGUUCGGGGUGGCUAACGCUAACCCUGAGCGUGUUGUUGUGACAACCACCAAUAAACAACAUGCCACAUUGUGACAUCCAAAUUUGUUGUAAGGUAACAGUCAUUUAGAAUAAGUGCACACCCACCCCACCAACCCCUUUAUUGUGGAGAUACAAGCAAAAUACAUAUGCAGAAGUGUAUCCCACCCUCUGUAUCCCUUCUUAACAGUGACCUCUAAAUGACCGUUUAUGCACUUUGUGGCCUGUCUGGGCUUGGGCAAGACUUUUGUUUUGUUUUUACUUUUUUCGUAUGGGACAAGUUUAAUCUAGUAUUGUAAAACAUAGUAUAACUAUGUAUGCAAGACAGUGUUUUGCUGAACAGUUCCCUUUGGAAGCUGUUGUACAGUUCAGUGUACUAAACUUUAAGUGAAGGAUAUUCUUGUAUGUGUAUAUACUGUAUGCAUAUCAAAUAUCCAGUGUUCAGAACUGAAGUCCUCUGAAUAUGCAGUAGUUUGCAGUUCAAAAAGUAUUAUUUGAAUGACUGCAAACGGAUGUUGGAAUAUCACAGAAGGAUGCUUGAAUGUUGUGUUCUCUUUUUAUAGUUUAUGAAAAUGUUGAUAUGAUUUUUUCAAAUCACUCCUCAUUCUGCCCCUUAUGCAAAAUAAUUUCCCAGUGCUUUCAUCUCUGUUGGUUUACAUUGUGUUGUCUGUACUUUUGUACAGUCAUAAUAUGAAGGGCCCCUUCUUAUUGAGAACUUUAAGACUCAAUGUAGGCAAUACUUUUAAUUAAUUUUGGGCUUCAAAAUAUAUUUUUUAAAACAUAUACAAUGGGAUAGCCUUUAUGCCUAUACAAUUUCAAAACACAGUAGGCAUCCUUAAAACUAACAGUAACGGUUCGUACGUUCAUCAAUGGUCAUGAUAGCAUUUAUCUAUUAGCAGGAGUGAUGUUAAUCUCAUACAGUACAUUUCAGUCCAUCUCUGUUUAGCUUGUGUCCAUUUCAAGUCUGUUAUGUUGUGUGGCUGUCAAUAACCAUAAUGCACCGCCCCCUCCACUGCUGGUAAAGUACUAUAAUGGUCAGCCUGACAUUGGUUAUCAACAUUGAUAUUACGCAUUUAGUGCUGGGCUACAUGUUAUGUCCAGCAAUGGGAUGGUUUAUUUAAGCAAUUUUCAGAUUUUCUCAAUUUGACCAAACAGUUUUUUUCUUCAGAAAGCAGAUGCUUAAAUAUGCCAAAUGUCAGGCAUAAUUUUUAAGUGUAAUUAUUGUAUGAAUAGAAUAUAGUUAAGAGAAUAAUUGUUAUUGGAUUAGUUAUCAUAGCCAAUAAAUAGUUGAGCUAUAUCUAAAGAUGUUAUGCCCUUGUGUUAGUAAUCUCUCGCAAACAUGCAUGAUGCUUUAAAUUGGAAAUACACAAAUCCACUUCAUAGUUUCACAGCUGAGUGAUUUAGAUGGCAUAAAAGUACUUGGGGCUGUCAGUAAAUAUCUGUGAAAGGCUAAAUGGCCAGAAGGCUAAAAUAGAAAAAGUUUCUCUCAGCUGAGCAUAACCAUCUGAUAAAAAAGUAAACAUUCUAUAUUAAAAAUGUCCUCUUUUAUUUUAUACCGUUAUUGACAUUCAGCAGUUUUCGUGUGUGGUGUCUCUUUAUUGCAAACUUUGACAUGACCAACACUUAAUUUGUACGGCAACAUCUUUCAUUUCGAUCUUUUCUUUCGUCUUUUUUUAAAGUCUAGUUGUUUAUGGUAAACAUGUGCUAUCAUACCUCUUUUUGUACAAACUGUCAAUAAAAUCAAAUGCAAAACCAA